AUGUCAACCGUUAAUAUUGACGAUAUUUUAAAGGGAAUCUCAGAUUCAUUGAGCAAGCUUCAGGAACAACAAGCACGUCAAAAAGAACUCAGUUUGGCUGCCAAAGAUUCCCCAAAUAAUAUCUCCUGUGAUUUAGCAUCUGUCAAUUCCCAAUCAAAGUAUACUUCAGAGUACUACGAAGCAAUUGCCAAGGAUUACAUAGAAUUCACGUAUAAAAAUCCAACAAUUUACCACGUUGUCAACCAUUUUGCCUCGCAAUUAGAAAAUAACGGCUUCAAGUACAAGUCCGAAAAGGAUUCAUGGUUGGAUAUCAAACCCGGAAAGUACUACACCACAAGAAAUGGCUCAUCGCUUGCAGCUUUUGUAGUUGGUAAGGACUGGUCGCCAGAAAAGGGUGUCGGAGCCAUUGGUUCUCAUAUCGAUGCGCUCACCACUGUUUUGAAACCAAAUUCCACCAAGGAGAAAGUUGACGGAUAUGAAUUGCUCGGGGUAGCACCAUAUGCAGGUACUUUGGGAAACAUCUGGUGGGAUAGAGAUUUAGGAAUUGGUGGCAGGUUAUUGGUGAAAGACUCCAAAGGUAAAAUCACUCAAAAGUUAGUUGACUCGUCACCCAGUCCUAUUGCUCACAUCCCAAGCUUAGCACCUCACUUUGGCUUACCAGCAAAUGACUUGAACAAAGAGACCAAAGCAGUUCCUGUGGUUGGAUUUUCAAGUAAAACACAAAAAGAAGAUGAACCAACAGAGGCUGAGAAAAAUGCUCCAUUAUUCGGUAAGCAUUCUUUGAAACUAUUACGCUACAUUGCAAAGCUAGCAAAUGUCAAAGUAGAAUCCAUUUCUCAGUGGGACUUGCAAUUGUAUGAUGUCCAAAAGGGGACUUUUGGUGGGCUUGACAAGGAGUUUGUUUUUGCUCCUAGAGUCGAUGAUAGGGUUUGUUCCUACGCCGCUUUGAAUGCCAUUAUUGAUGCAAGCAACGAAAAUUUGCUCAAAAGCGAUUCCUUGACUGUUGUUGGCUUAUAUGACAACGAAGAAGUGGGAAGCUUGACAAGAGCUGGCGCUAAGGGCGGGAUCUUGGAGCUUGUUGUCGAAAGAGUGUUGGCAUCAGAGUAUUUCAAUCCAAAUCAAUCUGGUAUACAAGAUGCUUUAAGAGUCACAUAUGCAAACUCUAUUAUCUUAUCAGCUGAUGUCAACCAUUUGUUUAAUCCAAAUUUCAACGAAGUUUAUUUGGAACACCACAAACCCGUUCCAAAUACCGGUAUUACUAUUUCUUUGGAUCCUAAUGGCCAUAUGGCAACUGACUCUAUCGGUUUGUCUUUGUUGGAGGAUUUAGCUAAGCAGAACGAUGACAAAGUCCAGUACUUCCAGAUUAGAAAUGACAGUAGAUCUGGUGGCACUAUUGGGCCAUCUAUCUCAACCCAAACUGGCGCAAGAACGAUUGACGUUGGAAUUCCACAGUUGUCAAUGCAUUCAAUCAGAGCUACUCUUGGAUCGAAAGAUAUUGGGUUGGGAAUCAAGUUCUUCACCGGAUUUUUCAACAACUGGAGAAAGACAUACGAUAAUUAUGUGGAUUUGUAG